GCCAACAGAGUCUGGUUUUGGAUUUCAGAGGUAGGUAAGAACAGAGAUGAAAAGGGGUUGUGGUGGUGGUAGAUGUAUUAGAAAGGUGGAUAGAAUCAGUGAUCUUCCUUUGAACAUCAUAGAUAACAUACUUGCUCGAUUGCCCAUAAGAGAUGCAGUAAGAACAAGCAUCUUAUCAAAGAAGUGGAAAUACAGAUGGGUUUCUCUUCCAGAACUCGUAUUUGAUUGUUCCCUUCAAGAUGCUUUAAAGAAUGAACAUGAUAUGAUUGUUAAAUUUAUUGAUAGAGUUCUCCUGCUACACAUAGGCCCAAUUCAUAAGUUUGAGCUUUCUGAUUUGAGUAGUCCAAGUCUCUCUGACAUCCAUCAAUGGCUAUUAUUUGUCUCAAGAAAUGGUAUUAAGGAAUUAAUCCUUUCUAUGCCUCCCUGUAGAUGGUAUGAGGUACCAUCAUGUCUCUUCUCAUCAUUUCAUCAGUUGAAUCAUUUAGAACUCAGUCAUUGCAGCCUUAGAUGUCCAACAAAGUUGGAAUUUAAGCACAUCAAGUGCCUUUCACUUUGUCAAGUUGAAUUUGUUGGCUUCACAUUUGAAGAUCUGGUUUCCAGUUGUCCAUUACUUGAGACAUUGACACUAAUGUGGGUAAGAGGUUUUACUAAUCUUGUCAUGGAUGCUCCUAAACUCAAGUACUUGCAUCUCAGGGGUCAUUUUAAAGAUAUCCACUUCAAAAAUACCCCAAUUCUAGCUAAGGUAGAAAUUGAUUUAGAUUGGUUUGGUUCUGAUCUACAUUGGGAAGAAACUUGCAAUCUGAUCAAAGUUCUUGGAGGUCUUGUUGGUGUUGAGGAUCUUUGUAUGGCAAGUGGGGGUAUUCUGAAGUUCUUGGCUGUGGGCAUUGUACCCAAGAUGCUUCCAAAUGCCUGUUAUGAUCUCAAGUUUUGCAAUCUGAAGAGACUGAGACUGACAUCAGUGGCAUUUCACGAUUCGGGUGUGGUCUCAGUAGCACUCUACUUGAUUAGAAGCGCCCCUAACUUGCAGAAACUGGAGAUUUCUGGCUCAACUAGAAAAGAUACAGAUGUGAAACCAGUUAUAGAACUUUUGGAACUACAGGAUGGUUUAGGUUGUUCCUUCAACCAGCUUCAAAAUGUGACUAUGAAGUGUUCUUUCGGAUUGAGACCUGAAUUAGAGUUCAUUAAGUUUCUACUCACUGUUUCACCUGUUCUAGAGAAGAUGAGUAUUCAUUCUGAUUCAAAAGAUAUGGAUACAGAAGAGCAGCCCAAUCUUGGAUCAACCAUAUUGGAAGAAGUGAUGCAAUUCCCUCGACUGUCCUCAAAAGCAGAAAUUGAAUGCUUUGAGCAUUUGCAAAUUGUAGACUAUAGACCAUCAUCAUGGAUGUAAAUCUAUUUUUCAAAUUUUUUUUGUUUAAAUUCCUUUUAAACAUA